AUGGACUCCUCCUCCUCCUCACCUCCACUCGGUCCCCAUCUCCACGCUUGUGCUAGUGCUACUACUGCAGCAAAAGAUGCUGCUGCCACCGACUCCAGCGGCGAUAGUACCAAAAGAGAACCCAAACCUACAAAAGGGAAGGGCAAAGGAGGCCCAGACAAUAAUAAAUUCCGGUACCGCGGAGUGAGGCAACGGAGCUGGGGGAAAUGGGUGGCCGAGAUCCGGGAGCCAAGGAAACGAACCAGGAAGUGGCUCGGGACAUUCGCCACGGCCGAAGACGCCGCACGCGCUUACGACAGGGCUGCCAUCAUUCUUUAUGGCUCACGGGCACAGCUUAACCUCCAGCACUCUGGCUCAUCGUCCCAAUCCUCUUCCAAGGGAUCUUCUUCUUCCAACUCCUCGACUUCAUCUUCCACUCAGACGCUUCGUCCGUUGCUCCCUCGCCCCUCCGGCUUCGGCCUGACCUACUCAUCCUCUGCGGUUCAGCUCCAAACGGUGCCGUUUAUGAACGCACCGUCUUCGGGGUUUGCACCGUAUGGGGUCGGUUCCGUUGCAGGUCCUACUAUUGCUAGUAAUAAUGCUUCCGUACUAGUGGGUACGAACAAUACUGCGGUGCAUAAUCAUAAUGAGAAUAAUCCCUUACAAGUACAGUAUCAGUGUCCGCUGAAUGAUAUUCACCAAGGAAGCGUUGGUGGAUUUUGUGGGGGUGGUGGUGACCCCACUACCACCGUACUAAACUCGUACACAAACCCUACUUGUAGUCGGGAUAAUCAUCAGUACCAGCAGCAUGAUCCUCGUCAUCAGACGGCUCAGAUUAAUUGCUCGUCAUACGAAGAUAUCAACACACUGGCUGGAGCGGUGGAUUCGAACUUGAGCCUGUGCACACAGGCCAUGGUCGGGCCGGGUACGGAUCCGAUCGGGGCGGUGGGACCCGUGUCGCCUAUGAUGUGGCCGCUCAUGAAUGACGUGGAAUGCCCGCCGAGUAUUUGGGACUACGGCGAUCCUCUCGCUUUUUAUUUCAAAGGAUUUGAUUGAAGAUCCUGGGGUCUAGAACGGGUUCGCAUGUUGGA